AUGGCAAGCUCCAGCAGCCGAAAUGACUCUCCAGCGCGAGCUGGCAGGUCUGGCAGGCCCAGACCAGGAUCACCGCCUGAGGAUGAGUCGUUUCUCAGCAAUAGCAUAACCAGCCGACAACUCGAAGCCUUCGGGAGAAAAGUCCAAGCCACCGCAGGCCACCUCAUCGGACCGCUUGGAGAAGCCGGAGUCAACCAGCACUAUCAAAAUGCGCUCGGCGACUUACACAGGGAGUUACGGCGACCUAUGGUGCAGCGGUCGGUCUUCAGCUCAUUGAGCCAAGCAACGCCCAGGGAGUUAAUACGGUCUAAGCUCUCUGCGCCGGAGAUAUCUCAGCGGGCACUAGCAUACCUACCUGAUGAGCUUCUUUCGCAGAUACCGGAGAGCAGUAAUACAUACUCCCUGUUCCAGGGGUUUCAGGCGAUCGUGCCUGAGGAAGAGAAGGGGAGUAAAAGGCGGCACGGGCAGCAUAACUCGCGAGGACAACGGUUACUUGGGGAGGCUGAGGAGGACACUGAUGGACCGCCAGCUUUGGCCAGCCUGAAGAAUGACAAGCGCAGUCUCAGUCACCGCCUGGAGAUGAUGAAUGUACGGAAGAACAUGUGCGUUUCUGAGAUCAGGGAGAUAGACAACAAGAUCGCCAACCUGAACACCAUGCGAAAGAUAGUACUGGACCGGCUGGCAGGGCUCGAGCACGAAGAGGCGGAGCUAGAGCAUGAACUGCACGAGGUGGACAACAAGCUGGACGACAUGAAGGAGGAGCUGGAGGAUGCCGCUGCACUGGCGCAGAAGUCACCCAGCGUGAAGGCCGAAGCGGACACGGCAGACACGCCGGAGUUCAUGUCUGAAUCCAUCUAUGAGAAACUACCUCCGGCACCAUCACCACGCUCAAAGAGACGGCACAAAAUGCACAGACGGAUAUCGAUGCCUGUGCUACACGAGCACAUGGAUCCAGGAUCCAAGAUCAGAGAACUUCAAGCGCACAACGACGCCAUCACGGCAAUGGAUUUCGAUGCGCCAUUCGGCACGAUGGUCUCGGCGGCACUGGACGACACUGUGAGGGUUUGGGAUCUCCAUGCCGGGCGAUGUAUGGGACUGCUCGAGGGCCACUUAUCAUCGGUAAGGUGUCUUCAAGUGGAAGACAAUAUUGUCGCAACCGGAUCCAUGGACGCUUCAAUCCGACUUUGGGACCUCAGUCGUGCUGAAUACGCGCCGCAGGACAACCGUAUCAACAAAGACGGUCAAGAAGAGGAGGAUGAUGGACUAGGCUUUGAGGAUCCCGAGGCUGCUCCACCGGCACCGCCACCGACCAGCAUGAAGGACUGUCCCAUGUUCUCGCUCGAGGCGCAUGUGGCCGAAGUCACUGCGCUGCAUUUCAAAGGCGACACGCUGGUAUCUGGCUCUGCGGACAAGACACUGAGGCAAUGGGACCUGGUAAAGGGGCGCUGUGUCCAGACGCUAGAUGUAUUAUGGGCUGCCGCGCAAGCCUCAUCGACGAUGAACUCCUCCAACGGUCAAUGGCGACAGACUGGCCGACUACCAGAUGCUACGGCCGACUUUGUGGGUGCCGUCCAGUGUUUCGAUGCUGCGUUAGCUUGCGGUACUGCUGAUGGCAUGGUGCGGCUAUGGGACUUGAGGAGCGGCCAAGUGCACCGCAGUCUUGUGGGACACACUGGCCCUGUGUCUGCUUUGCAGUUCGACGAUGUCCACCUUGUCACAGGGAGUCUCGACCGGAGCAUACGGAUAUGGGAUCUACGAACAGGCUCGAUAUAUGACGCGUUUGCAUUCGACAACCCCAUCACAAGCAUGAUGUUCGACGCCCGCCGCAUUGUUGCAGCUGCUGGCGAGGAUGUGGUCAAAGUGUAUGACAAGACGGAUGGCAGGCAUUGGGACUGCGGGCCAGGCGCGGCUGCGGACGAUGAAGGGGGAGUCUUCUCGACAGUUGAGAGGGUCAGGAUCAAAGAUGGCUACCUUGUCGAGGGGCGCAAGGACGGCAUGAUUGGCAUCUGGUCUUGCUAG